CGGGUUCUCCUCACACGAGCGCUUCCUCGCUCAGAGGCUGGAGCUGCAGCGGCGCAGGCCUGGGCCGCCGUGUCUCGGCCGCCCGGUUCAGUUUUUCUCAGGGCUCUGGGGAACGCUUGUCGGUCGACGCGCCUCAGGAAUUAAGCAAGAAACUGAAGUUUUGAUUCAAAUAUUUUUUUGAAUUGAAGCCAGAAAUGUACUAAGAUUUUGAUUCUUUCAUUUGAUUAAGGUAUGGUCUGAAUAUGCGUUGUUUGGCAGCUCGGGUCAACUAUAAGACUUUGAUUAUCAUCUGUGCGCUAUUCACUUUGGUCACAGUACUUUUGUGGAAUAAGUGUUCCAGCGACAAAGCAAUCCAGUUUCCUCGUCACUUAAGUAGUGGAUUCAGAGCGGAUGGAUUAGAAAAAAGAUCAGCAGCAUCUGAAAGUAACCACUAUGCCAAGCAGCAGUCAGAGGAGGCCUUUCCUCAGGAACAACAGAAGGCACCCCCUGUUGUUGGGGGCUUCAAUAGCAACGGGGGAAGCAAAGUGUUAGGGCUCAAAUAUGAAGAGAUUGACUGUCUCAUAAAUGAUGAACACACAAUCAAAGGGAGACGAGAGGGGAAUGAAGUCUUUCUUCCAUUCACUUGGGUAGAGAAAUACUUUGAUGUUUAUGGAAAGCUGGUCCAGUAUGAUGGCUAUGACCGAUUUGAAUUCUCUCAUAGCUAUUCCAAAGUCUAUGCACAGAGGUCACCUUACCACCCUGAUGGUGUGUUUAUGUCCUUUGAAGGAUACAAUGUGGAAGUUCGAGACAGAGUCAAGUGUAUAAGUGGAGUUGAAGGUGUGCCAUUAUCUACACAAUGGGGGCCUCAAGGCUAUUUCUACCCAAUCCAGAUUGCACAGUAUGGGCUAAGUCAUUACAGCAAGAAUCUAACUGAGAAACCCCCUCACAUAGAGGUAUAUGAGACAGCAGAAGACAGGGACAGAAACAUCAGACCUAAUGAAUGGACUGUGCCCAAGGGCUGCUUCAUGGCCAGUGUGGUUGACAAGUCUAGAUUCACCAAUGUUAAACAGUUUAUUGCUCCAGAAACCAGUGAAGGUGUGUCUUUGCAGUUGGGAAACACAAAAGACUUCAUUAUUUCAUUUGACCUCAAGCUCUUAACAAAUGGGAGUGUGUCUGUGGUUCUGGAGACAACAGAAAAGAAUCAGCUCUUCACUGUGCAUUAUGUCUCAAAUACCCAGCUAAUUGCUUUCAAAGACAGGGACAUAUACUAUGGCAUUGGGCCCAGAACGUCGUGGAGUACAGUCACCAGAGACCUGGUCACUGACCUCAGGAAAGGAGUGGGCCUUUCUAACACAAAGGCUGUCAAGCCAACCAAAAUCAUGCCCAAAAAGGUGGUUAGGGUGAUUGCAAAAGGAAAGGGGUUCCUGGACAACAUUACCAUCUCAACCACAGCCCACAUGGCUGCAUUCUUUGCUGCUAGUGACUGGCUAGUGAGGAACCAGGAUGAGAAAGGUGGCUGGCCAAUUAUGGUGACCCGGAAGUUAGGGGAAGGGUUUAAAUCUUUAGAGCCAGGAUGGUACUCUGCCAUGGCACAAGGGCAAGCCAUCUCUACCUUAGUCAGGGCCUAUCUUCUAACAAAAGACUAUGUAUUUCUCAAUUCAGCUUUAAGGGCGACAGCCCCAUACAAGUUUCUGUCAGAGCAGCAUGGAGUUAAAGCCGUGUUCAUGAAUAAACAUGACUGGUAUGAAGAAUAUCCAACUACACCUAGCUCUUUUGUUUUAAAUGGCUUUAUGUAUUCUUUAAUUGGGCUGUAUGACCUAAAAGAAACAGCAGGGGAGAAGCUUGGGAAAGAAGCAAGGUCCUUGUAUGAGCGCGGCAUGGAAUCUCUUAAAGCCAUGCUGCCCUUGUAUGAUACUGGUUCCGGGACCAUCUAUGACCUCCGCCACUUCAUGCUUGGCAUUGCUCCCAACCUGGCUCGCUGGGACUAUCACACCACCCACAUCAACCAGCUGCAGCUGCUCAGUACCAUCGACGAGUCCCCAAUCUUCAAAGAAUUUGUCAAGAGGUGGAAAAGCUACCUUAAAGGCAGUAGGGCAAAGCACAACUAGAGCUCGAAACCAAAAGUACAUUCCAGCCUCUUCUGAGCUCACGGCCGAGCUCAGCAGCACGUCGCACAUUUAAAUGCUGUGUUCUGGGUUGUGAGUCACAGCGCUGUGAGAAGAGACCCUUAAAGUUAGUCUUCUGAAACAGUUGCAUUCCAUGUGUCAGGUGCUUAGAAAGGUAGACGAGUGCACUGAACAAAGACGUGACCUCUGCCCUGCUCAUCAUGCAGGCCUCCAUGCAGAGUCGCUUUCAGUGUGGGGAAGAUACUGGUAAGUCUCUGCUGCUAGCCUGCUGCCCAGCACUUACCUAAAACUUAGUAUGGAGUGCUUUUAAAAUGUGAUUAUUUAUAUUUAUACUGAAAGUAGGCUUUUAGAAAUCAGUGUGCUGUACUGCAGUAAACAUGUACGUAUAGCCUGGAUCGUGGACUAUUUUUUAAAAGUGUUUCUUUCCCGUAGAUUCAUUUCUUGAGAGGGAGUGAACAUUUGUUGCAUUUGUUCAAGUAUCUAUGGAAAAUAUUUUGAAUUAUGGUUUUCUUGAACUCUGUAUAUCUAAACAGCCCAUAUUCAGGUUUCAUGGUCACAUUCAUAAGCACAACUAAAAUGAAACUUGUUGACUGCACAAGAAAUUACAGACAUGGUGUGUUUUAUGAAACUUGGUCUACAAUCAGUAAGUUUGAUAAUCAUCUUCCCCACCUAGAUCCAGUGCAGCGUGUCUGUGUCACUAUCGAGAAGGCUGCAUUUCAUUCUAUACUGUCCUUGAGCAGUUCUGUGCAUGGAGAGGACAUUACCCAGAAUGUAAAUUAUAGCCUAAACGUGUAACAGACUUAAUGAUUUGAAACUGACCAUUGAUACUUCUCCUUAAAAGAGAAGUGCUGGGUUAAAGGUCAUGUUCAGGAGCCACAGUAAAGACUCUCCUGCCUGGGUUGUCGCCAUUGCUUUCCACGUCAUCGUUUUUUGUCCUCACUGUUUCUCUGAAGCUUAAUUUUGAGUGAUUCCAGCAUUGAAACAGAAGAGAAGCUACUGUGUCUGCUAUCUGUGUGCCAUCAGAUCCGUGAGUGAGUUUCAGAGUCCUCAUGCCAUGAACAGUGUCUGCUGUAAGGCUUCGGGCAUUGGGUAAAAGCAACAGGGAUUGGUUUUGCUCUGGUUUUUGUUUCGCACGGUGUGAUAAUAUGGGACAAACAAUGGAGCUUAUCCAUGCUGUUGGUCAGAUGCACGUUUAAGAUGAGGUGAUGAUCUGCCCACACAUUGUACUUCUGUUGAAUUCAGCUAAAAAGUGCUGUUGAAACUGGAAUACACAUACACACAUGCAUAAUGAUACAUAUAUAAACUAUAUCAGCAUCAAAGGAGGCAGGAAAGAAGAUCCAUACUGAAGACAAUACUAAACUGUUGAAACGUAAGCUUAGACUCCCUGUUUCUAUGACCACCCUUAGUUUUGCCUACAACGUAACUAGUGUGGUCAUUAGGUUCCCAGCUUUUACCUCUGUGGUUCUCACACACUAGGUGUUUCAGCAACAGCUGAACAUGCACAUUUUGUCUCAGCAAUAAAAAUGAAGACUCCCUUUUUAUUUUCAGUACCUGUGUUCAAAACAAGCUUGCCCACCUGGGAACACUGUUCACUAUCCGAUUUGUUACUGGAGUGGUCCCGAAUUCUGCUUUCUGUUUGCAUACUGGUCUUCAGAUGAGAGGAGUCAGUGAAAUCAUCCUGGAACUGAUUUUGUGACAAACACCAGUGCCUUACAAAUGUGGUUGUCCUUUUCCAAUGAAGAGGGAAAGUUGUUUUGUUUUUGUUUUUGAUGUAGAAAUGGCAGUUCACUGCUGUUGCUUUUCCACUGCCUUCCACAUUGCAACAGCUACUUGACUUGUCUUGUGAUCCCAGAAUUCCCUAAAAGGUCACACUGAGCCUGUGACAGCACUGCCAGUGCUUGACUUGUCAGACAUGAGGAUGCCUCUGUAUCACCUGGAGGUUAACAAAGUAAGACCCUGGGUGUGUAGGAAGUCUGCCUCUCGAGUGGGAUCCACGGCAUAUCUGACAGGUGGGAGAACUGGGCAUAUGUGGAGGGACACUGCCCAGGACCCAUGCUUUUUUUGCCUCCAGAAUACCACAAAGUUUCCUAGGUUUUUAAAAUCAAGUAAAUGUUUACCUAUCCUGAGUAUAGAGAGAAUGGGGAGGGUAUUUUAAAGUUUUAUGAUGAUUCUUUAAUUUUUUUUUCUUUAAAGGUAUUGGUUUGGUUCACUUAUAUGAGUUAGCUUCCAUGUUGAAUCUUUUGCCAUUUCAGUAGUAAAACAGCCAAAAGUAUCUAGCAGAGGGCAGGUUUGACCCUUUAGGAGUUACUGUAUAUAACGGCUUCAUUCAAGAGCCACACGGCAUCUGUGAGAUGUGCAGAAGUGUCACAAGCACUCUCCAGAUGUGCUGGGCCUCUGUCUUUGUUGGUGUACAGACUCUUACCAAAAGCUGCUGGUUUGUUCUUGUAAUUGUUUCCUUGCUUCUCCAUUGUACAUGUGGGGUAUAUGCCAUGUGUCAAAUAUGCAAUAAUGUGUUUACAGGAUGCCCUUCUGGAGGGUGGUCCUCUGUAAAGCUGUAUAGCCUUUGCAGUUCAAGCACAAUGUGCACAUGUUAGUUUUAUAUACAGCAAAACUUGAUUUUUUCAAAUGGAAAGGUAUUUUGUUUCUAUAUAAAGUUAAAUGGGUUGUUUGUGCUUAAUGUAAAGCUGCUUUAUAAAAUUGUAAAAUAAAGUUUUUAUCUCGAAAA